CUCCUCUCAUUUUUUUUCCUGUUCUUACAUAAGCGUUAAGUUCAUUUCACAUAUAUUAAGGAAAAGCUGUAAUAAUGCGAGCUAUGUCGAGUAUUUCAGCAUCGAUCUGUCUGUGCAAAGUUGGAAUGGAUUCGUCCGGCAAAUUGCAGACUGCCAUUAUAGGUUUUGGUCAUUCCUUGGUGAUAGCAAAACACAAGGCAAAAUACCAUAUUCCAAGGAAUCCGAAUCUGCAAUCGCUGGGCACUGCUCUUAGGUUGCAACAUGCUGACAGAGACAACAACAUGGUCGUUUGUUGCAGUGUUGGAUCCGGACCUUCAUUUCCUUCUAAUCCUGGUCCUAGUUCCUGGAAACUCUGGGUUAUGGGAAUUCUGAUGAGUAUGGUUCUACCCUUUUGGAGGAGCAAAUGGGGGCCAUUGUUAAAACUGAAAGAUGAAGUUGAAACUGUGAUAGACAAAGUAGAAGCGGCGACGGACAUUGUUGAAAAGGUGGCUGAGCAAGUGGAGGGGGUGGCGGAUGAUAUUGGAAACCAUCUGCCGGAAGGCAGACUUAAAGAUGCCCUUGAAAUAGUUGAAGAUAUAGCUAAAAAUACAGCUGAUGGUGCACGCUUAGCUGGAGAAUUCAUUGACAAGGUAGAGGAAGUGGAAGAAAAGGUGGAAUCUUGGAUGGAACAAAACAACACUGUGAAAGAAGCAAAGAAGACGAAGGGGAAAGAAGCCGGCACCUAG